GGAUAUUAGCAGUGGGAUUGGAGAGUAGUGGGAGGGUCCGUGCAGCACAGCAGCAGCUCUGGCUCCUCCCUCCUCCCCCCUGCGGUGUCUCGGACCCUCUCUUCCUCCCUCCUGUGUUUGCCUGCUUGUCAAAGCAAAAGUGAAAGCAGUCUGACGGAGAGGGAGCUGAAUCUAUCGUCUGUGUGUUUGAGACAAAUAUGCCAGAAUCCUUGACAAGACUUCACCCGUCCCAGUAAGUAAGCGUCCUGUGAAGCGCCGGGUGUCAGCAUGAAUCGGAUGCACUCUGAGGGUUAUAUGCUUCUGAGGGACGAUGAGCUGCAGCAGAGGAGAGUGUUUGGGAAGAACUUCUUCGUCCACCUGGCGGGAAAGACCAACGGCGCUCAUGGAGACGUCAUCAAUUAUCUGAAAAGCAUCGGCAAAGUCCAGGUGGAGUCCUACGCAGAGAGCGACUUCCUGAUGGUCUUCUGUCCCGUGGUUUCAAAAGUCGGAACCGACAUCGAAGCGGCCCUGAGCAACAACUCGGUGCUGACGGAUGGCAAACCGGCGGUUCUGGUGGUGAUGCAUCACACGUUCGAUCCCCAUCACUUGGUGGCGGAGAGCAGGAGGCAGGUGAACGACGCGAGGGUGUGGCUCACCGUGGACUGCCUGUUCUACCAGAAAAACCUCCUGCCCUGCCCACUCAACGACAUCAUGCAGAAGCAGGUCGCCGACUUCCUGGGAUCGUCUUCCGGUUCACUGGUUCCUUUCUGGCCAAAGAUGGGGUCUUCUUCCUGUUCACAGGUUCCUUUCUGGAAAAAUACCACAUUCAGGACGAUGAGCUGCAGCAGAGGAGAAGUGAGAGAAGCUCUGAUAAAUGAAUACGUUUCUCAGUGGUGGAACGUGGAAAAUGUUUGGGAAGAACUUCUUCGUCCACCUGGCGGGAAAGACCAACGGCGCUCAUGGAGACGUCGUCAAUUAUCUGAAAAGGAUCGGCAAAGUCCAGGUGGAGUCCUACGCAGAGAGCGACUUCCUGAUGGUCUUCUGUCCCGUGGUUUCACAAGUCGCAACCGACAUCGAAGCGGCCCUGAGCGACAACUCGGUGCUGACGGAUGGCAAACCGGCCGUUCUGGUGGUGAUGCAUCACACGUUCGAUCCCCAUCACGUGGUGGCGGAGAGCAGGAGGCAGGUGAACGACGCGAGGGUGUGGCUCACCGUGGACUGCCUGUUCUACCAGAACAACCUCCUGCCCUGCCCACUCAACGACAUCAUGCAGAAGCAGGUCGUCGACUUCCUGGGAUCGUCUUCCGGUUCACUGGUUCCUUUCUGGCCAAAGAACAAAUUCAGAGCUGUUUGUUUAGUGGGGGUGCUGUUGGUGAAGCUUAUAACUCAAUUGCUUAAGAAAUAGAAGAACAAUUUCCGAGAGGACCGCCGCUGACACGCUGGAGAUGAAUUAGUCUCUCACCGAUAACAGAAGGCAUCUUUAAAUGAUAUUACUGUGUUUUGGCUGCAGCGUUUGAUCAAUACUAUUUUUUCUGAGGCACAAUACUUGGGAAAGUGAAGGAAGAAUGAAGCAUGAAAAGAUACAGAAGGAGAGAGUCAUCGUGUUGGCUGUAAUUAUUCCAAACUGAUUGUUGCACGUUCAUGUUUAAAUGUGUCUUGUAGAGUCGUGUGUCAUCAAAUCUUACGUUUCAGAGUCAAAACUUCCUGUGAAUGAAUCAUUACAUAUGAAGAUUAUGUGUUGUUCCUUCAUGAAGAAUGAAUAAAGUGGUUGCAUCCCGUUA